AUGGUAGCCCACAUGAAGCAGCAGCACGUUCUUCUGACAGGCGCGAACGGCUUUAUCGCAUCCCACAUUAUGUCUAUCUUGCUGGAGCGUGGAUAUGCCGUCACGGCAACCGUCCGGUCACAGGAGAAAGCAGCCGCCAUUAUCAGAACACACCCAUCGUGGGAGGGCAGAAUCACAUUUGCAAUAGUUACGGACUUUACUGGGAGGAAACCAUUCGAUGAACUCUUCAGGAAUGCAGAAGUACCUUUCGCCUUCGUGAUUCACGCAGCCUCGUCGGUCGCGCUUCAGGCAGACGACAUGCAGAAGAACGUAAUUGAGCCUGCUGUACUGGGAGUCACCGAGAUCCUCAAGAGUGCUCACCGAUAUGGUGGAAUAGACCUGAAGCGGUUCGUCUUUCUGAGUAGUGCCGUCACAGUCUUGAAUUCGUUUGAGGAUAUCGCGCGACCGGGGCAUCCAUACACAGAGGACGACUGGAACCAGGUCACUGCACAGCAGGCGUUGGAGCGUCGUGAUGCAGCAUUAGGAUAUAUAGUCUCUAAGAUCCAGAGCGAAAGGGCAGCAUGGGAGUUUAUGAAAACGAACUCCCCUGCUUUCGACCUCACCGUUAUGAACCCCCAUUCCACCACAGGGCCGAUGAUCCAUCCGAUCUCGGGUACGAGCUCCAUCAAUGCAACGAACUAUCUUGUGAUUGCGAGCCUUAUUGAUGGUGUCCACAAAGACGGCCUUUCGGAUGUGCGCUUUCCGCAUUAUAACUUUGUUGAUGUCCGUGACGUCGCCAGAAGCCAUGUAGAUGCCUUGACGAACCCUGCGGCAGCUGGUCGACAAGUUCUUGUUUCUGAACUCACGACUCCCCAACUAGUACUAAAUAUUAUUCGGAAACAUUUCCCAUCCCUCAGAGAAAGGGUCCCGGAAGGCAAUCCUGCGCAAACUCUGCCAGAUGGAGUCCGUCCAACCCACUGGGACACGCGCAUUAGCCAGGAUAUCUUGGCCAAGGGAGCUGUCGACGGGCAAUGGAGUUAUAUCAGUCUUGAGAAAAGUGUUAUUGAUACGGUGCAGUGCAUGUUUGAUAACAACAUAAUAUAA